AAUCAUCAGGGUCAAAGUUCAACCCAUGGACCAUCUUCCAUGAAUUUCAAUACCAAGAAGUGAAAUUCCAAAACACUUUUCGAAUGAUUAUAAAUUGAAAUUUACACUUUGAUGAACUAUUGUUGUUAUAGAGCUAAAUAAACGGGAAGACGAAAAAUAAAAUGGCAGAGGCUGGAGAACAAGAAAAUCUGGCACACGAACGAGGCCAGCUGGUUCGCGACUUGUUGGAGGGUAAACAUAUAAUUAUGGAAACCGAUCGCGCUGCUGUGAUGAAAAGCGUAAAACCAAAAGCACAAUACCAUUUCCUCGUGCUGCCGAAGGAGGAUAUAGCGAAUGUAACUGCGCUAACACGGGAUCACUUGGAUUUACUUGAUCAUAUGGAAGAAUUGGCAAAUCAGGCAGUGGCGAAGUACAGCGCGUUCCCAUUGAGCAAUUUUCUAGUGGGUUUCAAAAUGAAUCAGUUUAUGGAUCGCCUCAAUAUGCACGUCAUCUCAAAUGAUUUCUAUUCUCCCUUAUUGCGUGGCAAACUCCAAUGGAAUAACUUUAAUACAGAGCUCUUCUUAAACUUUGAUUAUGCUUGCGCCCAGCUGUGUUGUCGAGGCUUUAUCGAGCCUAUGCCUGCGAAAAAACAGCACGAACUUUCUCUCUCAGCUCCAAUUAAAUGCAAUCAAAAGGGAUGCGAUUUCUCUGCGGAUAAUUUUUUUGCAUUUAAACCCCAUAUUGGUUUCCAUUGGGAGCAACGAAAUCUUCAGACUAGCGAGCAAUAUGCUGAAGCACUGGAGAUGCUGGAGAAAAUGCAAUUGGAUAACCCAACUGGCCAUCACCGAAACUGGCGAUCCGCUAGGCAGCAGCCCGGGCCAAUGAUACAUCCCGCUCAGGGCAAGCAAUAUUGGAAACAGAGGGGUCCGUCUGGGUUCCAAAAUCAGCCUCAGAAACUACAGCCUAAGCAGGAGGAUUAUUCUGCAAAACCCCAGGAAGCAAAUGGCAAUGCUCCCGGAUCUCAAAAACAUACACCAUUCAAGCAGAAGAAAUGGAAACCAAAGCCAAAGAAUGAAAAGAAAGAGCAGGAGCAAGAACAGACUGCAUCGCCAAAAGCUGGAGCUCAGCAGAAGGAACCGUCCGCUACAAAAACUGUGGAAAAGCCAUCUGAAAAGCAAGCUGAAAGCUAGCCGUAAUCAACUCUCAAAUAUAUGAACAUUAUAGAGAGCUAAAAGGCUUUGACCUAGUUAUUAAUAGAUAAGUAAGUACUAUAUGCUUGAAUAGUUUUCUACAAAAACAUAAACGAAAUGUUGAAUAA